CAUGGCCAACCCUGUCCACUUCCUUCCACGAUCCAGAGAAUCAUGUUCCUAACAAGGUUUCUAUAGAUUCAGCUGUCGGACAGAUAUCUCAUGGCUACCAUGCAUGCACCGUGUGCUUGCCCAUAUUGUGGGUCGUCUUCAAGUUCGAUAGAGGCACCUCCGACCGAGGUCGAAAGCCUCAGCAAAGAUAAUGAACCACCGUCUGAUCUUAAACGACGAUCUAUUUUGCAAAAUCUCUGUCAAGUGCAAGAACGGCUCGAAGUUGUGGCCAACAAGAUCAAACUGAUGGAGGAAGCCAUUCUCGUACUUUCGAAAGAGCGUGAACGUCUGAAAGAAUACGCUAGAACAUACAAGACGAUCUUAAACCCAGUCCGGUGUCUUCCGGAGAUGGUUUUGCGGGAGAUUUUCUUCGCGUGCAUUCAAGACUUGUCUGGCAUUAUGGGGGUGUAUUGGCACAAGUCUGGCAAUAAGCGUUCUCGUAUCCGGAACUCAUUGAAUCCCAAUAAGCCACCUUGGACGCUGUCGCAAGUCUGCUCGACGUGGAGGACAGAUGCACUAUCAUAUUCCGCCUUAUGGUCCUACAUCUCCAUUUCGUUUCCUAGACAAACGAGCCCGGUGACGAGUUGGAAUCGGCGUCUCUCCCAGUUAAUGUUACAACUGUCCCGUUCACGAUCGCAUCCUCUCUCGGUGGCUUUGCAAUCGCACGUUCCAGUUACGCCCCAUAACCCCCUGCUCAUCAGCGUCUGUUCCCAUGCUGCGAGAUGGGAAAACCUACGGCUUCGCUUCGAUGACGUGAGCUUUAACGAUGUUCAGAAGAUGUUAUCCCCGCUUCUCAAAGGUCAUCUUCCUAAUCUACGUUGCUUGCAGUGGAUAGUUCACCGUAACAUCCACGAAGACUCAGGCACCGUAUUUGACACCUUUGAGGAUGUUCCCAACCUCGUGGACCUCGCUAUACAUCCCCAUCAUGCCGAUCUAGCCAGCUUUGUCCGACUACCGUGGUCUCAGAUCACAAACUACUCUGCAAUUCGGUCGAGGUUAUCGAAGGAUUGCAUGAUCCUUCUCCAGAUGACCAACCUCAGUAGCCUAUAUAUCAUUGACCCUAGCAAUCUUGAUGGCGUCCCUCCACUCUCCUUACCCUCUUUAAUCAAAUUAUCUGUCGUUGCACGUCCAGAGUUUGCCAUCAAUCAUGUCGGUCCAUUGCUCGAGAGCCUUAUGUUGGAGAAUCUCCAGGAGCUGCAGAUAUCAGCAGACCUUACUAUCAAGUCCCUUUCUGACUUUGUUACUCGCGUAGCUCCUACGCUACGUUCAUUCUGGCUCAACGUUGCUACUAUGAGUCAUGACGCCAUUAUCGAGGUUCUAGAAAUCAUUCCUGGUCUGACAUCGCUCUCGAUACAACACCCCACAAACCAUUUCAUUCGUGCGCUUGCUGAAACGACGCCAAACGGAACACCUCGACUACUUCCUCGAUUAAGUGAUCUGCGGUUGUUCUCUGCACACGAAAUCGACGACAUGGACUCGUUUGCGGACAUGGUGGCACUAAGGACCGACAAAGGUCGAUAUUUGCAACGACUUUGCUUUGACGAUCAAUUUCCCGUUGGCCCAGACGAUUUACGGGAGCUGCGAGCAACGGGGCUGGAUGUCCUUUGGUUUACACCGCACUGGAGUGCGACUCCUUUCCCGUAGAAUUUAGACUAUGGGUACUAUAUCCCUACCAUUUUCGUUGGCGGUACUUUUGAUCGCGAAAAGGUGAAGAGGCUCAUAAGUAUCAACAUAAUAAACGGAUGUCCUUCAUCAUAAUCCAGAGGAUCUCCCGACCUUGUAGAGCCGACACCCCGGUGCAAGUCGACGCUUGGCAUAACGCGAAUUCGUUUGAAACUUGCAAGAUUGAGGUAUCGGCCAAGGUGGUGGUGGUGUUAUCGGUCCAGUUACAUAGAUUUAUACAUCAAUUACAGGACCUAAUUUACUAGUCUUUUCCGUCACGUCUUUUAAGAAGAAUGCAGAGUGAUUUGCUUUU